CCUACGCUAGUUUGGAGAGAUUUCAAUCCACUCUCUAUCAGCCAAUGUUACCAGAACUAGGAUGCAAAUCUCCAAAUAAGAAAUUAUCUCUCAACAUUUUGACCUACCUUGUCGCUUGCUACAUGACACAUAACUGAUCAGCAAAAUCAACCCAGUUUCAGAUUGUUCUAUCACCUAUCAAGAUCGUCAUCUUCAUAUAUUCGGUAAAAGAAAUGAUAACAACCAAUGAGGCAUAAAAUUUACCACCUGAAAAAUGUUUAAAAGAUUUAGAAGAAAGGAAGAAUCACCGAAACAUGGAGAUCAGACCGAUGAUAAUGACGAGGAAAAUUCUGGUUUUAUAUGUCCUGUCUGUUACUGGGGCUUCCUCAGUGCAGAUGAUCUUCAAACACACUGGGAGAAACACUGUCAAACAAAUUUGUCAGAGAAAUCUCAGAACACUUCAGAAUUGAUAAAGAACGAAGAAGAUACACCAAAUGUAUGGAAAGAGCAGAAUGGUUCAUCCCAUAAAAGCAGCAAUUCUGAAGAGAUCUCAUUAUUGGAUGCGACAUUGAAAGAUUUAGAAGAAAAAUCAACUGAAGUUGUUGCUUUGCAACAAGAGAUAAAUGAUAUUAAUGCUGCAUUAAAAGAAGAGAAAUGGUACACCAGUGCCUUAAAACAAGAAGUGGAUAAACUAGAGUCUGAAAAACAAGAAAGACUUUUGGCUUAUCAAGACUUAGAGCAAGAAAAACAUCAAAUGCUGAUGGACAUUGAGAACAAACUAAAGAAGAUAGAGCAAGAAAAAAAUUCAGAAAUCAAUGUCUUGAAAGAAAAUCUGGUGAAUGCAUUGGAAGCAAAGUCUGGUAGCCAAGAAGAACAACUGUCAUUGGUUCAAAAAUCGUCAAAAAUAAACACAGAACUUGUAGAAAUUCAAUUGCAACUUAAAGAUACUGAGGAGAAAAGAAAAGUUUUGGAGAAAUUAUGUGAUGAAUUGAAAGUCGAGUUAGAGGAAAAACAUAAAUUCAUUUCUGAUCUUGAGAGUGAUAUAGCAAAUAGACCAACAGCUGAACACGUGUCAUCAUUACAAAAACAUGUUACAUCACUGGAAGCUCAGUUGAAGACGAUCAGAGAGGAGAAGGAUGCCGACAGAAUUGAACUGAAUGAAAAACUUCACAGUACUGCGGAAAGUAAUAAAAGAUUGGAAGCAAGAGUGAACGAACUGACAAUUGAAAAAACGUCAAAAGUUGAACAACUACAAAGUCUUCAAACGGCGAUUGAUGCUUCUACGGAUUAUCGUAAACAAGUUGAGGAAAGUCAGAAAGAAAAGCAUCAAAUGAUAUUAAACCUUCAACAUGAGUUAGAUCAAACUAUUGUUGCUGUGAAGGAAAAGGAACAGUUUGUUGAGUUUUUGCAGAAACAGCUCAAUGAAACAAAGCAAAAUUAUCAAGUCGAAUUAAAUGGAAAAGACGAAGCUAGGCAAGAAGUAAGACGUUUACAGAACACUCUCGAAGAGCAAGAUAGAUUGUCAGCAAUACGAGAGAUGAAAUUGAGUGAGUUGAUAAAAUCGCUAGAACAGGCUAAACUUGAUGUUGAAAGAAUGGAGGAGGAGAGAAACGAUCUUAUUGGAAAGAUUGAAGCUGGAGAGGGAAUUAAUACUGCAAUAAAUCAAUUGAAUCAAGAAAAGGAUCAGUUAGAAGAAAGGCUGAAGAACAAUGAAGCUUUACUAAAAUCUCAGAGUGAAGAAAAUUUGAGAAUCAUUGAAGAUCUUCACAAACGUACCAAUGAAUUAAUUGAGGAGGUGGAACGUUACAAACAAGAUCAGAGCAAAAUGAGUGUUCACUUGAAAGAAAAAAAUGAUGAAAUAGAGAAUCUAAGUCAUACCUUAAAUGAAGUGAAAUCACAACUACAGAUAAAGACCGAACUUAUUGCUGCUCUUGAAACAUCAAAAAUAACGGAAAGGAAAGUUCUUGAAGAGGAACGAAUGCUAGUUGAAGAAAGAUUGCAGCAAAAGAUUGAUGAACAUUCGUCCUCAAUGAACGAAAAUCAUUUAAUUAAUGAAGAAUUGAGCUCAUUGAAAAAUGAAAACACGAAUUUAAAAUCACAAGUAAUUUCGCUGAAAUCUCAAGUGGAUGGAAACAACGAACAAUACGAGAAACUUAAAACAGAAUUGUUAGACAAGGAGAAUAGUAUUUUGAGAAUAGAGAAUGAAAAACAGAAAUUGAUAUGGAGUCAUGAAACAUUGCUGUGCGAGAAAAAUAAUGAAAUUGUUAAACUAAAGGAACAGUUUGAUCAGUUGACAACGGAGCACGAAGUAAAAACAAAACAUCUGGAAGAAAGUAAAUCACAGCUUGUCAUGAAAAUGAAUGUACAGUUGGCGACAUUGAAAGAAAAAGAAGAUGAAUUGAAAACAUUGAAAGUUGAUAUAACGGCCCUUAUUAAAGAGAAAGGCACGCUCCAGGAAAGACUGGACACGAACAUAAAGUUGCUUGAUGAAAGAUCCUCAGAACUGAAGAAGAAGAAUGAAGAGUUUGAAAUUUCGAAGGAGUUGCUGGACAACGCUGAAAAGACCAAAGAGGAGUUAAAGAAUCAGAUUUCAGAAUUAAUGUCUAGUUUGAUGUCAGUGAAAGAAAAGUUGAACAUUUCCGAGACAAAAUUGCUAGAAAUGAAAACAGAAGUGGAGACUCACAAAGCUCAACUUGAUGAAGUUAAGCAAGAUAAAUGUAGCGUAGAGGAAGAAAGAAGAGGGGAAGCGAAGAUUCACAAAGAGGAAAUCGAAAAACAUCAAAAAGAAGCGAAAAAGUACCAUGAUAUAUUAGAAAAGAAGAACGAAGAAAUUGAUGAAUUACGUCGUGUAAUCGACCGAAAAGACGAACUGUUACAAGAGCAUCGACAAAAAAUUGAGGCACAAGAAGUAGCAAUGAAGAAGAUGUGUGAAAGUUGCAAGGAUUACGACAACAAAUUAUGUCGAUCACAAGAGCUGUUAAAUCAAGAGAAACAAAUUGUUGAAGAGAAAAAUAAAGAAAUCAUUGUAGCUAAACAGAUGAAUGAGGAACUUUUGACGAGGAUAUCAUUGGCUGAAGAAGAGAAAAAACUAUUGUCUGCCGAAGCUAAUGAAUCACAAGAAAAUUUGCGAAACGAGAUCAACAAUCUUUCUCAAGAAAAGCUUGAACUCGGAAAAAAAUUAUCAGAACAAAGUUUGCUGUUGGAAGAAACUCAGCUUGCCCAGGAGCUUCUUAUUCAAGACAAGGGGAAAAUGGAGGACGAUUUGCGACAGCAAGAAAACGAGUGGAAUGAAUUGAUAGCGAACAUGAAGGGUGAGAUCACAUUAUUACAAAGAGAAGUAGACGAUGAGAAAAGGAAAAGACUAAAGAUUGUCGAAGAAACAUCAGAGAAAGAAAAAGUGUUCAUUGAUCAAAAACUUCUUCUUCAAAAUCAGUUGGAGCAUCUACAAAUAAAUUUACAAAAGGUGAAAGAAGACUCUGAAGAGAAUAGAGAGGCGUCAAAGAGAGCUCAAGGAAUCCUAAAGACGGAGAUGGAUAAUCUAGAUGCGAAAUUGCAAAACGAAAAGAACAUAAACGAACAACUGACAACAAAAUUAGGUAAUACUGAAUCAAGACUGAACACGAAACUCGCGGCUGCCAAUGAGAAUCUUGUCUCGGCGAGAAAUGAAAUCGGCAAAUGUGAAGAAAAAAUUGUUGAGCUCGAAAAAGUUAUCAAGCAAAAGGAAACGCAACAAUUUGAUUUGAAAGGGGAGAUAGCAGUACUUGAGGCGACCAUCGAAAAUAAUCACGAUGAAAAACGCAGUUUACUUGAAAGAUGCAUAAGUGCUGAAGACAGUUGCAAAAAACAUCUUAAAACGAUCGAACAAUUGAAUAAAAACGUGGAUGAGUUGAACUCCGCCAUGAUUGAACUUGGACAGGAAAAUCAAAACCUUCAAGUUGAACAGAACAUUCGCAACAAUCGAAAAUGGGAGAAAGACAAUGACGUUGUGCAAUGUAAUGCCUGCGCUAAGAAAUUCUCAGUUAGCGUAAGAAAGCAUCACUGUCGAAAUUGUGGAGCAAUAUUUUGCAGUGAAUGUACUUCAAAAACGGCUACUGUUGCUGGAAGUAAAAAGCCUGCAAGAGUUUGUGAUUCUUGUUACAAUGACCUCAAUGUUCCGGUCAGGUCGUACUCCCUCACUUCUACUUCAUAACAUGGAGCAUUUACUGCAUAGGAAUGAAGUAAUGAUAGGUGAAACUGCUCUUAAUAACAUUUCUUGCCCAUCAUGUUCACGUAGAGUCUCGGAGACUGGAGACAUUUCACCAAUCGAUCCAUGUGAAAUUUUUUAGACUGUUUUAUAUAAUAAAAU